UAUGAUACUUAUCAUAUCCUGUUUUAAUCCAGUGUUUGGUGGUCCAAUAGGAUAUGAUAGCUUAUCCUUUUAUCAUAUCCUAUCCUACCUCUUUAGUUAUUUUUUUUAUCCUAGGGGGGACACAUGAUAGAAACGGACCGGACAGGAUAAGAAAAAAAGUUACGUUCUUCUCCUUACUCUUCACGCGUUUCAUUUGUCUUCUCUUCUGCAAGCCCUACUCUCCUCCUCCUUCGUUCUUCUACUUCCAGUGCUACUGGCCGCCGCUCUCGCUGCUGCCGCCCGCCGCUCUUGCCGUUGCCGCCGUCGCACGCACCUGUUGCAGGGGUAAAUAUGAAUCAAAAGCAGCGUCGAAUGUUAACAUAUUUAAUUAUGGAAACUACGUUCUAUCAGAUGGUGGGGGUUUGUUUUGCCAUUGCAAUGGCAGUUAGCUCUUCUGCACAAUGGUUUUAUGAAAAUAGUUGUCUUAGGCAACUACCUAUAAGUGGGGAAGGUUUAAGAGGAGAGUUAUUACAGAGAUUGAUCAAUCGAGAUGAUGUGACAUGUAUUGAUCAACUUCGUAUGGAUAUUAGGUCUUUUAAUUUGUUAUGUGCUCUCCUCCGUAAUGAAGGUAAAUUGAAAGGGGAUGGAUUGGUCACAAUUGAGGAACAAGUGGCUAUGUUUCUACACAUAUUGGCACAUCAUUCAAAGAAUCGUGUCAUAAAGUUUCUCUUUAAGCGGUCGGGAGAAACAAUUAGUAUGUAUUUUAAUAAGGUGUUGAAUAGCGUUGUACGAGUGCAUGCAUCACUCCUUAGAGCACCGGAUCCUGUAUUAGAAGAUUGUUUAGAUGAAAGAUGGAAGUGGUUUAAGAACUGUCUUGGGGCACUAGAUGGAACACACAUUGAAGUUAAUGUUCCAGCAAUUGAUAAACCAAGAUAUCGUAAUAGAAAAGGGGAUAUAUCUACCAACGUCCUAGGUGUAUGUGCUAGAGAUAUGAGGUUUAUAUAUGUGUUACCCGGAUGGGAAGGAUCUGCAUCGGACUCAAGGAUAUUACGAGAUGCAAUUUCUAAGAGAAAUGGUUUAAAAGUUCGAACAGGUUACUAUUAUCUCGUGGAUGCUGGGUAUGCGAACUCUGAAGGAUUUCUUGCUCCAUAUAGAGGUUAUCGUUACCACCGCAGUGAGUGGAAACGUGGAUCCACACCACAAUGUAAAGAAGAGCUCUUCAACAUGAGGCACUCUAUGGCUAGAAACGUGAUAGAGAGAACCUUUGGAUUGUUAAAGAUGCGAUGGCAAUACUUAGAAGUCGGUCUUUUUAUUCACUCAAAGUCCAAAACAACAUAAUAAUUGCUUGUUGCCUCUUACACAAUUUCAUUAGAAGAGAAAUGUCUAUCGACCCAUUGGAAGCACAACUAGAUUUGGAACUUGAAGCACAAUUACACAAUGAGGAUGUGGCACAUAAUGAUCCUAUUAGUACGAUUGAGACAACUGAGGAGUGGUCUGCCUGGAGAGAAAAUUUAGCUACACAGAUGUGGAAUGAAUGGGUUGCUACUAGAAAUAUGAAUUAGGACAUGCAUUUGUUUGUAUUUUUUGUCAUAAAUUUUGGAAUUUGAGUUACUUUGCUGGUUUAUGGUGUACUCUUGUCUGUUAUGUUUUUGGAAAUUUGGUUAUGUAUUUGGUUUGUGUACUUUGAUAAUGAACUAUGACAUCUGUUUGUUUGUUUGUAUUUAUUGCACUACAUUAUGGAAUUUGUGUCAUUGUGUUUGCC